GAACUGUGCAACAUGACAGAGCUUCAUGAAGCUGUAGCUCUGGGCGAUUAUGAUUUAGUGAAUGAGCUUCUGAAAAAAGGGCUUUGUGAUGUGAAUUACAAAGAUACGGACUGGAAUGACAGGACACCAUUACACUGGGCUUCUGCUAAAGGGCAAUUGGAGAUGGUAAAGCUACUUGUGCAGCAUGGCGCUCGCCUUUGCUUGAGAACUGACGUGGGUUGGACUCCAGCUCAUUUUGCGGCUGAGUCAGGAAGACUAGGUGUGCUAAGGACUCUUCAUUUUUUGCAUGCCGCCAUCGAUGCAGCAGAUCUCUAUGGGGACACUCCGAAAAGGACUGCAGAAAUCUACGGACACAAAGACUGCGUGAAGUUCUUAGAAAUAGCUGAGGUGGAGUGCAGGGACUACCGUUUGGUGGCAGGAUUGAAAGGAAUUCAACUGGACCAGACAGAUGAAGACUGGGAACUCAAGAAAGAAGAGCUUGAGAAAAAUACACCCUGUGCUCAAGCGAAAUAUACACGCUCUACUCAAAAGAAAAACAGAGGAAAGAAUGUGAAACAAUAG